AUGCAAGUUAACAUCGAACAUGAUUUAAAUUUGUUUAUACUGAAGGAACCUGAUACAAAUAAAUUAGCAGAAGCUGCAGCAAAAAUUGCAUUUCAUAAUUUCCAAUGGCGCUAUAUAACAUUGGUGGUAUUUAAUGCAACCUUAUUUGGUGGCGUAGAAAGAUUCCUCACGUUGUAUGAUAAAAGCUAUAUAGUCGGAAAAGGUUUAUUUUAUACUCCUUAUGCACAAACUACCCGACAAUAUGUUAUGUUUGGUACAGAUAUGGAAAACAUAGCGCAAAUGCUGGAUUGGAUGUCAUUACAUUUUUUUGAUAACACUGGAAAGUUUAUUGUGAUUUGUCAAUCGAAAGUAUCCAGAAAGUGCGAUGUGACGGAAGCUCUUGAAAUAUUUUGGAUGCACAAAAUGACGAGUAUUAUAUUCCUCAAGUUUGAAGAUUCUAAAGUAGUCGGUUAUACGUCUCAAUAUAUAAAUGAAAAUUGUACUUUCGGAAAACCCAAGAAGGUAAUUUGUCCGGAAACAAGUGAGCAACCUUGCUUCGCUAAGUUUCCAGAAAAGUUCAAAAAUUUACAGUAUUGCCCUUUAGUAGUUUCUACGUUUAUACAACUGCCAUUUAUGUAUAUAAAAAAUGGAGUACCGAGAGGUACUGACGGUGAUUUCGUGCAAUUGAUUGCUGAACGCUUGAACGCUACUUUAAUAAUGAUGACACCACGUCAUGGCAAUGGUUGGGGUCGCCUCGAGGACAAUGGUAGUUGGUCAGGCUCACUUGGUGAUCUCCUUGACGAUACCGCACACGUCUCGAUGACAUCAGCCUCAAUAACGCUCUCCAGAUUUUCCCAUUUUCAGAUGUCGGUAAGCUACUAUCGCUCACAGAUUGCAUAUUUCAUGCACAUUGCACCGAUGAAACCUUCAUCGCUGAAACUGUUACAUCCUUUUCAAGUACCAUCGCAAAUUGUAAUUGCGGUCACGUUUAUUCUUCUUAUAUUAUUUAUAUGGUUGGCAAAUUCGAAAUAUUUUAACAAGAAUGGCUUAUCUCACCGCACCUCUUCAACACAGGAUGUUAUUUUCUACCUAUGGAUGACUUAUUUGGGAUUACCUAUAACUAAGUUGCCAAAGAAACGAGCAUUCGUAAUUUUAACAUUAUCGUGGAUAUGGUAUUGUUACUUAAUCAGAACGCUAUAUCAGGCUUACCUAAUCAGCUCUUUACAAGGUAAUUUUUAUUACGACGAUAUAAAUUCAUUGGAAGACGCCUAUAAUGCUAAUUAUUCAUUUGGAGGUGGUGGCGCAUUAAGGGACUAUUACAUUGAUGAUCCGUUAAUAUAUGACAAUUGGGUGGUGUUAGAAACUGAUGAGAUAAUACCAACAUUAUUUGAAAUAGCGAAAGGUAAGCGGUUCGUACUGGCCAUGAACACGGAGACCGCGAAAAUUUUAAUAAAGGAACAUAAGUUAUUACUUCACGUACUUUCUGAAAGGUUGAUAACUUCUCCAUCAGUUCUGUUUUACAAAAAAUUUUCACCAUUGGCUAAGGCUACUGACAUAGUUUUGCAGCGACUUGUGGAAACAGGAUUCGCAAAAAAAUGCUAUAAGGAUAAUGCCGAACCUAUUUCUAUCAAAAGAGACGAUAAUAAGAAUGAACCCAUAAAAUUAGAACAUUAUACUGGAUGUUAUGUCAUUUUAAUAGCGGCAUGGUUAACUUCUGUUUUAGCAUUUUUCAUUGAAAUAUGCUACAAGGAUAUACAAGAUAAGAUUUUGCAUCAGCAGAAAAGUAUCAAUUAG